GCGUUGCAGCUAGGCCAGCGGCUCGGCGGCGAAAUCGUCAGCGCCGACUCCAUGCAGAACCAUGAGGGGGUUCACUGAAUGGAAGCAGUCUUCUCCUCGGUUUCUGGAAUUUAAUUUCACCUUAAUAAGAGUUUAUUACUUCAAGCAAGCAAACAGACCAGAGUCAAAUGGGGAUAAAAAUUCUACUGGUUUAUGAAGGCCUAGACAUCAUUACGAACAAGGUUUCUGCCCAAGAGCAGAGAAUGUGCCAACACCACAUGAUCAGCUUUGUGGAUCCUCUCGUGACAAAUUACACAGUUGUGGACUUCAGGAACAAAGCAACUACUCUAAUUGAAGAUAUAUUUGCCCGAGACAAAAUUCCUAUUGUCGUGGGAGGAACCAAUUACUACAUUGAGUCUCUGCUCUGGAAAGUUCUUGUCAAUACUAAGCCCCAGGAGAUGGGCACUGAGAAAGUGAUUGACCGGAAAGUAGAGCUUGAAAAGGAGGAUGGCCAUGCACUCCACAAACGCCUAAGCCAAGUGGACCCAGAAAUGGCUGCCAAGCUGCACCCGCAUGACAAGCGCAAAGUAGCCAGGAGCUUGCAGGUGUUUGAAGAAACAGGAAUCUCUCAUAGUGAAUUUCUUCAUCGUCAACAUGCGGAGGAAGGUGGUGGUCCCCUCGGAGGCCCUCUGAAGUUCCCUAAUCUUUGCAUCCUCUGGCUUCAUGCUGACCAGACAGUUCUAGAUGAGCGCUUGGAUAAGAGGGUGGAUGACAUGCUAGCUGCUGGGCUCUUGGAUGAACUAAGAGAUUUUCACCGACGCUAUAAUCAGAAGAAAGUUGCAGAAAAUAGCCAGGACUAUCAACAUGGUAUCUUCCAAUCCAUUGGCUUCAAGGAAUUUCACGAGUACCUGGUCACUGAGGGAAAAUGCACACCAGAGACUAGUAACCAGCUCCUAAAGAAAGGUAUCGAGUCUUUGAAACAAGUGACUAAGAGAUAUGCCCGGAAGCAAAACCGAUGGGUUAAAAACCGGUUUUUGAGCAGACCUGGUCCCAGAGUCCCCCCAGUAUAUGGCUUAGAAGUGUCUGAUGUCUCGAAGUGGGAAGAGUGUGUUCUUGAACCUGCUCUUGAAAUCGUGCAAAGUUUCAUCCAGGGCCACCAGCCUGCAGCUGCUCCAGUAAAGAUGCCAUGUAAUGAGACAGAGAACAGGAGAAGUCAUCACAUGUGUGACCUCUGUGAUCGAAUCAUCAUUGGGGACCGUGAAUGGGCAGCACACAUAAAAUCCAAAUCCCACUUGCACCGACUAAAGAAGAGAAGAAGAUUGGACUCGGAUGCUGUCACUACCAUAGAAAGUCCGAGUAUUUCUUCAGACCGUGAGAAAGAGCUUAAAGAGAAAGGAUCCCUAGGGCAGAAUGAGAAAGAGCUGGAAUCUAGUGUUUAAAGAGACAUGUCCAGUAGCCUUUGCACAGAUACUUUUAUAGAUGACUGAAGUAUUAUGGGCCACAAAUUGGGAGUUCUGGAUUUGGGUGAAUGGCAGGAAAGGACCAGCCCCAGUGAGAAGAUUAAGUGAACUCAACCACCAAUUCUUGGAAUUCCACUGAGAAGGAGAGAAGAACGUGGUCAUGACAUGGCACUUGAAAACUAAAGACUUUGAGGGAUCCCUGGGUGGCGCAGCGGUUUGGCGCCUGCCUUUGGCCCAGGGCGCGAUCCUGGAGACCCGGGAUCGAAUCCCACGUCAGGCUCCCGGUGCAUGGAGCCUGCUUCUCCCUCUGCCUAUGUCUCUGCCCCCCCCCCUCUGUGACUAUCAUAAAAAAAAGAAAAAGAAAACUAAAGACUUUGACAUUUUGUUGAGUUCUUCCUGUGUGAUAAUUACUCUCACUGCUGUCUUUACAUUAAGUUAGGAGCCUAUAUUUUUAUUGAAAGUUAAAUUUAAAAAAAAAGUUUCCAAGAGUCUCUUUAUUUUUUUAAUUUUUUAUUUUAUUUUAUUUUUUAAGAUUUUUUUGAGAGACAGAGACACAGACAGAUGGAGAAGCAGGCUCUGUGCAGGGAGCCUGAUGUGGGACUCGAUCCCGGGUCUCCAGGAUCAGGCCCUAGGCCAAAAGCGGCGCUAAACCGCUAGGCCACCAGGGCUGCCCCUAAGAGUCUCUUUAGUCCUUAAAACAAUGUAUAUUCCGGGAUCCCUGGGUGGCGCAGCGGUUUGGCGCCUGCCUUUGGCCCGGGGCGCGAUCCUGGAGACCCGGGAUCGAGUCCCAUGUCGGGCUCCUUGCAUGGAGCCUGCUUCUCCCUCUGCCUGUGUCUCUGCCUCCCUCUCUCUCUGUGUGUAACUAUCAUGAAUAAAUAAAUAAAAUCUUUAAAAAAAAAAAACAAUGUAUAUUCCAUGUCUAGUUUAUACACUGUAGGCUCUGUUGUCAACAUACAGCCUUGGAGCACUUGGGUGGCUCAUUCGUUUAAGCAUCCUACUC